UUGCCCAGUUGCCCAAUUCAUUUUGAUUUUUGAACUUUUUGAAUGAGAAUCUUUACUAAAAAUUCGUUUCUUCUGCUUUUAAACGUUGUACAUAUUUGAAAAAAUAAGCAUGUGCAGUGUAAAUGAAAUAGAGCAAGCUGGCGACAUAGUAAAGUCUAAAAAAGGUUCCAAACGUCGAGACAAAGCCAACAAAGAAUAUUUAAUGGAGGAAGGAGCUUGUAUGAAAUGUGGGGAAAAAGCAGUCGUGCUGGUUAGAAAUAACGACCCGUUUUGCACAACUUGUUUCUUGGAAUAUGCCGUUCACAAAUUCCGUGCGACUAUUGGAAAAGCUCGUGUAAUUCAUCAAGGAGAGAAAGUUUUACUGGCUGUCUCAGGAGGUUCUUCCUCUGGUGCCAUGCUGGAUUUAGUUAUCAAAGGCCUUGGGAAGGCUGCCUUGAAGAAGCAUCGCUUUCAACCUGGGGUCAUUUAUAUGGAUGACGAGGGUUUGUGUGGUCAGACUGCCGAAGCAAGGAAUAGGAUCAAAAAUCAUAUUCAGGAAUUAGCCUUGUCUGCUGGAUUCCCAUUUCAUUAUGCCUCGUUAACAGAGCUGGUAAUGAUUGACGAUGAAAUGCAGCUUGUUGAUAGUUUGAAAGAUGUUGAUCUCUCAAAUGAGGAAAAGAGUCACAAAGCAUCACCUAAAAUUCUAACACAAUUAUUUGAAAAAGUAACAACAGUCACAGCUAAAGAUGAUCUGUUGUCGCAUCUCUAUCGUAAUCAGCUACAGAGGAUAGCCAAGGAUCAUAGUUACAAUUAUAUCAUGGUCGGAGAUUGUGGUACAAAUAUUUCCAUCAGGAUUCUCGCAGAUAUUGUGCAAGGCAGAGGUUCUCAACUUCCAUUCAGUGUUGGCUUCAAGGACGGUCGUUCAGAGGUUUCUGUGUUGAGACCAAUGCGAGAGUUUACCAAGAAAGAAAUUGAAUAUUACAACUACUUUAGCAAUGUUAACUCGUUUGCUAUACCAUCAUUUUCAACAAAAGCCUCUAGUCAUAGCAGCGUCACUCGGUUAACAGAGGAGCUCAUAUUAGGGUUGCAAGCAUCAUUUCCAUCAACUGUGAACACUGUUCUCAAGACUGGGGAUAAGAUUUCUUCAAACAUUGGUGAUGGAAAUAGCAAGCAUUGCACAUUGUGUUUAGCACCACUGGAUAUGAGGUCAGGUUUUUCAGGGGUGUUCAAUGAGCUGUCAUGUGAGAGUGGUGCAUGUGGUAGUAAUGGUUGCCAGGAAACUAGCAAUGAUGGUAGUACUGCUCACACCAGAAGUGCUGAUGGUGGUUGCCAGAAUACUGAUGAUGGUGAUGAUGUAAUCCUCAGUGGUACAGAUGAAGAUGGUGGUGGAUGCCAGAAUACUGGUGGUUGUACUGUUGGUAGUUUGUCUUCUGGUAAUAGUACUACAGGUGAUCACGUCCAUGGUGACCAGAAAGUUCAUAGUAAUAGUGUUGAACAAAGUACCAAUGACAAUGACAUUCUAUCAGCGCCACUUUGUUAUGGUUGCAGGUUAACAUACAAUGAUAUGGGAGAUGCUCAACAUUUAUUGCCAAAAUAUUUAACAAAUGAACAUAUUAAGAGUUUCUUAAUUAACAAAUAACAGAGAAAAGUUUAGUUCUAACAUUAGUGUUAGCCAGAUUCAUUGCCAGUCAAAAUAUAUUACUGAGCCACAAUCUUUGAUUCAAAGUACCUAAAUAGCAAUUCUUUGACUGAUGUAAUGAUUUUUUUACUGCGACUGAUCCAAGUUCCAUAUUUGGUACAAAGGGUUGAAUCAACGCUGAAAACUUUAUAAAUAUAUUUUGA